ACAAGCCCACCAUAUUGUUGUGCCGACUUGUAUUCUUUAAGGACGGGGGAAAUGGUUAAAUCAAUUCAGUUCAAGACGCCAAUCUACGAUCUCCACUGCAACAAACACGUUCUUGUAGUGAGCCUUCAAGAAAAAAUUGCAGCAUUUGACAGCUGCACAUUUACCAAGAAGUUCUUCGUUACAAGUUGCUAUCCCUGUCCUGGACCCUGCCUCAAUCCAAUAGCUCUUGGAAGCCGUUGGCUUGCCUACGCUGAGAACAAGUUGAUAAGAUGUCAUCAGUCUCAUGGAGGAGCUUGUGGUGACAAUGCACAGUCUUAUACAGCUACAGUGAUCAAUGCUGCCAAAGUCCUGGUGAGUGAGGAGUCCGACGGAGAGGGAGUGGUGGCUCACUUCCCAGCACAUGACAAACCCAUAUCCUGCAUGCAAUUCAACCCCAGUGGUGAGGCACACUCAUACACACACACUUUGACAAACUUUUGCACAUACACAUUUAUUUUUUUAUAA